UUACAUAACAGCCCCGCGGCGCGCUCUCGCGAUAUUUCCGCCGCCCCCGCCUACCUCCACGUCAGAGGGAACCGGGCGGAGCGGCCAACAUGGCGGAACGCAGACGACACAAGAAGCGGAUUCAGGAAGUUGGUGAACCAUCUAAAGAAGAGAAGGCUGUAGCCAAGUUUCUUCGAUUCAACUGUCCAACAAAGUCCACCAAUAUGAUGGGUCACCGGGUUGAUUAUUUUAUUGCUUCAAAAGCAGUGGAUUGCCUUUUGGAUUCAAAGUGGGCGAAGGCCAAGAAAGGAGAGGAAGCUUUAUUUACAACGAGGGAGUCUGUGGUUGACUACUGCAACAGGCUUUUAAAGAAACAGUUUUUUCAUCGGGCACUAAAAGUAAUGAAAAUGAAGUAUGAGAAAGACAUAAAAAAAGAAAAAGAGAAAGGAAAAGCUGACAGUGGAAAAGAAGAAGAUAAAAAGAGCAAGAAAGAAAAUCUAAAGGAUGAAAAGACAAAAAAGGAAAAAGAAAAAAAGAAAGAUGGUGAAAAGGAAGAAUCCAAAAAGGAGGAAACUCCUGGAACUCCCAAAAAGAAGGAAACUAAGAAAAAAUUCAAGCUUGAGCCACAUGAUGAUCAAGUUUUUCUGGAUGGAAAUGAGGUAUUUGUGUGGAUCUAUGACCCAGUUCACUUUAAAACAUUUGUCAUGGGAUUAAUUCUUGUGAUUGCAGUGAUAGCAGCCACCCUCUUCCCUCUUUGGCCAGCAGAAAUGAGAGUAGGUGUUUAUUACCUCAGCGUGGGUGCAGGCUGUUUUGUAGCCAGCAUUCUUCUCCUUGCUGUUGCUCGUUGCAUUCUGUUUCUCAUCAUUUGGCUCAUAACUGGAGGAAGGCACCAUUUUUGGUUCUUGCCAAAUCUGACUGCUGACGUGGGCUUCAUUGACUCCUUCAGGCCUCUGUACACACAUGAAUAUAAAGGACCAAAAGCAGACUUAAAGAAAGAUGAGAAGUCUGAAACCAAAAAGCAGCAGAAGUCCGACAGUGAGGAAAAGUCAGACAGUGAGAAAAAGGAAGAUGAGGAAGGAAAAGUAGGACCAGGAAAUCAUGGAACAGAAGGCUCAGGUGGAGAACGGCAUUCAGACACAGACAGUGACAGGCGAGAAGAUGACCGAUCCCAACACAGUAGUGGAAAUGGGAAUGAUUUUGAAAUGAUCACAAAAGAGGAACUGGAACAGCAAACAGAUGGGGAUUGUGAAGAGGAGGAAGAAGACAAUGAUGGAGAAACAACUAAAUCUUCACAUGAAAAAUCAUAAUCUGACUAAUUUGGGGACUAAAUAAGUGCAAGAGGAAAUCCAAACUGAUUUGUACGACAUUCAGAGUAAGGUGGUCAUCUCCAACAGAGGAAGCAAGCAGCAUUGGUUGGAAGGUGAUGGCUCUUCUUCCCGUUUCCUUGUCAUAAAGUAAAAUGUAUUCUGUACAUAAUUUACAAAUAAACAUUUUAUUUUAAUUGACUUCUUAUUUAGACAUUUUCUCAACACUUAAAUUUGUAAAAUUAAGACCAUUUAAGCAUAUGUUUUUAGAGAAACGGAAGUUUCAAUAACCCACAAAACAUCUGUGAUCUUUCUGCAGCAGCUUCAGUUUUGUGCCAACAUUCCAUGUAUUUGAAUAUGAAUUAAAACGAUCCUUAUUAAAUAAGAGCAGACAAAGUAGCUGUUUGUAUGCCUUAAUGUUCAUUUUGAUUUAUCUUAAAUCUCUACAUUCAGAAAUGGGGUGCUGUAUUAUCAGACCAGGAGGACUGCUAUGAAAGAUAAUUUACUGUUCUAAAAUAUCAGUUUAAAAUAAAGAACAUAAAAGAAAACAUAAGAGAACCAUUGGACUCUAAUUGCUUUAAACUAGUUUUGCAGUUUGAUUUCAUGUCUUGCAAACCUUAGUUACAAAUCUUUAGGAAAAAUCAUGUGUUUACUUACGAGUAUAAUCAUUCCUUGGAGUUAUACUCUUAUAAAAUGAUAAUGAAUAUUAUUUUCCUUCAGUCACAGUGAGAACAUUUUGCUUUGUAGUUGAAAUAGGUGGUGUGUAUAGGUCUUCAUUUUUCUUUAGGCAGUUUCCCACCUAAAGUUAGACUAAAGAUGUUAAAUUUUUCUAAUUGUGAAAAAGUACACUUUCUGUAUACUGACA